GGCGCCUGUGGGCUCUGUGAUCGGUUUACCGUAGACGGCGCACAGGAUAAGUAAAGAAGGCGUGUUAACUAAGAUCGGGUGAUUUAUUGCAAAGUAACAAUUAUUACAAUGAACAGAGAGCAAAUGCUGAUUACCAUGAAAGUCGAAGAGGAGACGAAUGGUUUUUCUGAAGGACCGGUCACGUUUAACCGCUUCUCGUCCGACAAAAUCGCCGAGGCAGUGACGGCAGCUGUGGCGAUCAUCAUCUCCGAGUUUUCGGGCUACGUUGAUGCAAAGUUCUCAGGUUUGCAUCUCGAAAUAUCUCGGCAUGAAAAAGAAAUUGAAAGCCUCAGACUCCAGCUACAAGCCUCCAGUGGUGACCCGGGAGCAACGCGAAGCUGUGCGGAGGACCCAUUGAAGGAUGAAACAGCCACCACGAGCGAUGUGGGGGAGAGCCGGCUUGGCGCAAAUAGUGAAGCAGAAACGGCAGACCAGUCACUCGGGCAAAACAGACCUGCAACACCGUGUGGACCAGCGGCCGUCGGCCAAGGAUGCAGAGACGAGUGUGAGAAAGGAUUUCUCAAAGCCUCUUCCCAAUUUGCAGAUGGAAUGCCUCACUGUAGCUUGAACCCCUUUGAGAUGGACAGAAAAAGUGCAAAAUCCCCUGCAGACAUUGGCUUUAUAAAGACUGAAGUCCACGUACCCGAGCAGGUUUCUUCUUGGAUUAAACAAGAAGAUACCGAAGUGGACAUAUCUCAGUUUUUAGAUGAUGGUUUGGAACAAGGAUCCAUCUUGUCAAAGAAUGAGAAUUUACUGACUGUUCAAGGGGGGGUCUCAGAAUUAGAAGUUUCUUCUGCUUUUAAGCAGCCCUUGGUUCCCUUGGAAUUAUUGAACAAAGAUCCAGUCAGUAUGGGGCAAAGCAGUGUUGCAUUUUCUGAGCAGAAAUGUGGGCCUGGAGAUGACGGUUCCAAUAAGGAGAUACUACAAAAGAGUAAUGCGGAAAGGUUUCAGCAAGUCAAUGCUGUGAACAAGCAGCCCAUUUUGAAAAAAAGCUCAGAAUUAUCUAAUGAAUCCCCCCUUGUUGUAGUCCAUCAGAGAAUUCACUCACAAGUAAAAUCAUAUCCGUGUCUCGAGUGUGGAAAGACUUUCAUCCUGGCUGCAAGCCUUAGGUACCACAAGCGAAUUCACACCGGAGAAAAACCACACCAGUGUCCUGAAUGCAGGAAGACUUUCAUGCGCCCUUCACACCUUUGGGAACACCGGAGGAUUCACACCCAAGAAAAACCAUACAAGUGCAAUGAGUGCAGCAAGACUUUCACCCAAGGUAGUCACCUUAGACAACACCAGAGAAUUCAUACAGGAGAAAAACCAUACGAGUGCAUGGAAUGCAAAAAGAUUUUCACCCAGGCUGCAAGCCUUAAAAAGCAUCAGAAAACUCAACACUGGCUAAAAACCGUACCAGUGUAACAAAUGGCAGAAAGACUUUCACCCGGAUUACACACCUCAGGUACCACCAGAGACUUCACAAAAGGGAAGAAUCGUACACGUGUCCUGACUGCAAAAUGACUUUCAAACAUGCUGGAAACCUUAACUCUUUUAGGACGGUUGUCGACUUUUGUCGACUCAAGAGGGAGGAUGCCAAAUAAAGUCGAUAUCUGGAAUUGGUGAUAAAAAAAAACUGUAAACAACAGUAAAACUCACCGUUAUGAUAUAGGUAGACCCUCUUUGCCUGGAGGACUGUUAGACUCAUUGACUUGACAUAGAAUCCCUUUGUGUGCGUGAGUAGCACAGAGUAAACAAUGUCUAGAACAUCCGACACUGGGCGAGGGAGCAAUGACAAUGCGCAAAGCAAAAUACUUUUUUACUGAAUCGGAUUAUGACUUAUCGAACUCCAAUUUUGAUGCAAGUGAUCUGGAGAUCGAAAAUGAAAGUUGGGUAUCCGUAUCAGCUGACGUGUCUACUGCAACAUUCACCCUGGGAGGGCUACACAGACCGAUCUGUUGGAGGCAAGCUGGCAACUGGACUUCAAACGAGACGGCGUGCCAGUGGACACUAUGGAUUACCAGCCACUUGACUACUUCAAGAUGUUGUGUUUUUUUUUUUUAGUUUUUUUUAUUUUUGCCCUUUGGCUUGUGAGUGAUGAGAAAAACUGGUAUGUAAUGUGAAUUUACACACUGUAAGGGCUCAUGGAACAUAAAAGAGAGUGAGUUUGGUCAUAAAAAUCAAUGUGAAAUACAUAU